UCACUCGUUCUCAAAACUCGAGUCACAUUGCUAAACAUGGCGUUCAGUUUUGGUUCAGCUGGCGCCACAACUGCACAACCUUUAUUUGGCGGUACAGGAACGGCAGCUACUUCUGGCUUCGGGGGAUUUGGAACUGGUCUUGGUACAACUGCUUCAAACACUGGUGGGAUGCUUGGAUUUGGUCAACCGGCUACAACACAGACCACUGGAUUCUCAUUUGGCCUCCCUACUGCUACAACUAGUGGGUCGACUGGAUUUUCAUUUGGUGCUCCCACAACGACGACUGCCGCUACAGGUUUCGGUGGCUUUGGUGCGUCAACUGCCAGCACAGGAGCGUUUAGUUUUGGAACAACGACAACAACAUCCUCAGCACCGACUUUUGGUGCGAACACUGGAUUUGGAGGGCUGGGUUCCUCAACUGGUACCACAAACGCAGGAUUUGGUUUUGGAGCAUCAACAGGAUUUGGAACAGCAGGCAGCACUGGUUUUGGCACAACAAAACCAGCCUUUAACUUUGGGACUGGAACUGGCACUACAUUUGGGACUGGAACUGGCACUGGUACUACAUUUGGAACUGGCACUGGUACUACAUUUGGAACUGGCACUGGGACUGGCACUAUAUUUGGGACUGGCACUGGUACUACAUUUGGGACUGGGACCGCAUUUGGAACUGGCACUUCAAUAUUUGGUCAGCCACAACAACCGCAACAGCAACAAGAAAAUGCUCUUGCAAACCUGGCUAUGGCAGUUUCCCUGCCCCAGAUAUUUGGAGAUGAAAGAGAUGCUAUAAUCGCCCGAUGGAAUCAGCUGCAAGCAUGUUGGGGCUCAGGAAAGGGCUACUUCAACCAGAGUGGUGGAUUUGUUGAAUUCAAACCAGAUAAUCCCUUCUGCCGAUUUAAGGCUGUUGGGUAUCAUGUGAUACCAACUGGUCGCAAUGAGGAUGGGCUCGUGGCAUUGGUGCUGAAUAAAAAGGAAAAUGAUGUAAGUUCAGUACAGCAGCAAGUGGUCGACACUAUCACCAGAAUAUUGGCCAGACCAACCUUGAGUGUUUGUGUGGAAGGGAUUCGACCCAUGCCAGAAGACAGGACAGAGCUUAUAAUCUACGUGAUUGAGCGACCAGCUCAGGGCCCCGCCAAGCGAGUGCCAGCACAAGAGCUUUGCAACUUUUUUCAGCAGCAGGCUCAGUGGUCACAGCUUACUAGCCAGUUGGCAGCUGAGCGAAUCCUACCAAAAAUGGGUUGGACACCUGAGCAGAUCAAGGAAUACUUAAACAACCCGCCAGCAGGUAUCGAUCCCUUGCUUUGGCGCCAGGCCAAGCUAGAUAAUCCUGAUCCAGACAGACUGGUUCCUGUGCCAAUGGUGGGCUUCAGGGAGCUUCAGAGGCGACUCAAGCAUCAACAGGAAGAAACAAAGCUUCACCAGCAGAGACUUGAUGUGAUGGCUGGUGAUUUGAGUGAACUACAGACACAGCAUAGUCAGACUCUAGCCAAGCUGGAUGACUACAAGCGGAAGCACCUCGAACUGGGACACCGACUUCUUAAGGUAAUUGUAAAGCAAGAAAUCUGUCGCAAACUUGGGUAUGCAAUUCAGGCAGAGGAAGAGACACUGAAAGUUCAGCUUGAGCAGUUACAGGUGGAGCUUAACCACCCUACUCAGUUCAAGGGUCGCCUGAAUGAGCUGAUGUCUCAGAUAAGAAUGCAGAGCCAGGCAGGAUUGGGAUGGGGUGAACCUGCCUACCAGAUGGACACCCACAUGCAGGCAGAAAUCAAACAGAUACUAAAACAACAGCAAGAAGGACUUCAACAUCUGAUAGACAUAAUCAAAACAGACUCUGAAAACCUCACUCGCAUGGAGCAGUUGCUGGCAGCAUCCAGGGUGGGCAGAUAACAAGAUGAGAGCUGAGGAGAAGCAGCAUUCUAACAUAUGCUGACAAGUCCCAGUCUUCUCUACUUGAAUGCAUUAUUGGUGCAAAUGUUGAACUCUUAAUGGCCAAGCCAAAAUCUGUUUUACCUAAGACAUUUUUUUUUAUCAACAUGAAGAAGCCAAAUUGUAAUCCUGUUUUUUGCAAAUAAACUGAAAUACAA